GCUGUUUUUGACAUUCUGCUUUGAAUCAAUUUUUCUCCCCACACACACACGCAUACACACGCACGUGCACACACACAUACAAAUACGCAAAACACUGCGACCGUAAGACUUGAAUAGUAGUUUGCUAAGAAAUUGACUUCAACAUUUGCUUAAACCCGCAAUUCAAUAGAAUGCGCCACGGAAGCAGCGCAGCAGCAGCAGCAGCGAGAGUCGUCACUUAAAAAGCUAGCGAGCGAGCAGCAGCACCAACAAGAACGUCGGCAACGGUUGGCUUCAACAACGGCUACAUUUCAUUAUUGUUCGUCGUGUGGUGUGGAGGUGGAGAGCGCUCCCCGUCAAUUAUAAAAUAGUAUAUCGUGUAGUUGUCGCCGUCGUCGUCGUCGCCGCCCCCGCUUCCCCAUCCUUAGUACGCACACACGCACACUACGAAAAAGAAAAGAAGCAGCAGCCUGUGUGACCGUGUGUUAUACAACAAAAUUACAAGUGUGCAAAUUUGAAGAAGUAGAACCGGCAAUCAGAAGAAUUCUGAAACCAAAUAGCUGUGGCAACAACAACAUCUACCCAAUCUUAGAUUCCCGUGAGUGCGUUUGCUUAUGUAUGCGUGUGUGCGAGUGUAACUUACAAUUGAAGCAAGCAAAAAUAUCACAAUUUAAAACGAGUGCGUCGUCGUCGUGGUUGUCGUUGUUGCUUAUCAUCAGCUGGUAAACUCGCUGCGAAAGUUGUGGUGCAAGCCAGAAGCGAAGAGAAAUCACACAGUCAAAGCAAAAGAAACGCCAAUAAAAUAUAACGCAAAGGCAAGGAGUUCACUUUUCAAUCCAAAACAAUGAAUAUCGAUGAUUACGAAUCAUUGCCAACGACCAGCGUUGGCAUCAAUAUGACGGCUGGUGCAUUAGCUGGCAUAUUGGAGCACAUUGUCAUGUAUCCGCUGGACUCGGUGAAGACCCGCAUGCAGAGCCUGACGUCACCGACCAAACACUUGAACAUCAUGGGCACCUUUCAGAACAUGAUCACCCGCGAGGGCAUCAUGAGGCCAAUUAGAGGAGCAAGCGCCGUGGUUGCGGGUGCUGGACCGGCGCAUUCUUUGUACUUUGCUGUCUAUGAGAUGACCAAGGAGCAGCUGACCAAAGUUACAUCACACAAUCAUUUGAAUUACGUUCUUUCUGGUGCGUUGGCGACGCUGGUUCACGAUGCCAUCUCCAAUCCCACGGACGUGAUCAAGCAACGCAUGCAAAUGUACAACUCGCCAUACACCUCGGUGGUGCGAUGCAUGCGGGAUGUGUAUCAAAAAGAAGGAUUACAUGCCUUCUAUCGCUCCUACUGGACGCAGCUCGUCAUGAACAUACCAUAUCAGACGAUUCACUUUACCACAUACGAAUUUCUGCAGAAUAGGCUGAAUGUGGAACGCAAGUACAGUCCAGUGGUGCACAUGGUGGCAGGCGCUGCAGCUGGAGCUUCGGCGGCGGCCAUAACGACGCCUCUGGAUGUGGUGAAGACGUUGCUCAAUACACAGGAGACGGGCCUGACACAGGGUAUGAUCGAGGCUAUCCGAAAGAUCUACCGCAUGGCUGGUCCAAUGGGUUUCUUCAAGGGCAUGACAGCUCGUGUGCUGUACGCCAUGCCCGCCACGGCCAUUUGCUGGUCCACAUAUGAGUUCUUCAAGUUUUAUCUGUGCGGCAUGGAUUCGGAGAAAUACAAAUCGUCAAUUACGGGUCGCUCGGAGUUGCAGACACCGCAGCAGCGGGCCACCGACUAUGUGCUGCCCAAGAGCGAGUCGGAUGAGCAUGAGGCCGAGCUGCCCGAGAUAACAGUCGCUGGUGUGGCCAAGGAUGGGGCUGUGCUGCAUCCGGCACCGCCAACAGUGAAUGCCGCGGGUGCCAUUAAAACAGUCUGCGAGCUGUCGACACGAACGGCGGCGCCCACAAUUAAUCUGCAUACGAGGCAUACGGAGGUGAAGGGUCCCUACGAGCGGGGCUUCUCAAGUACGUAAGGCUGAGGCGUCUGGACGCGAUGAAGCAGCGCGUCAACAGCAGCAGCACCAGCAGCGACUAAAAACAUAAGCGUAGCUUUUAGUUAAAACAAAACAAAACAAAAAUGAAAGUGAUUUGGAACGGAGCCCCGCAACAAGCAAGCCAUAAAUGUGGGUGGCACGAUGUUUGAAACAUCUGUCAGCCAAGUGCCGAGCAGGCGAUGGAGCGACGACGAUGAUGGCGACGAUGAUGGUGCUCGGUUCCAGUUGCUUUUUGUAUGAAUACUCGACGCGGGAGUCGGUGAGAGAGUUUUAUCACUCCAUGAACAUAGUCGGAGGUUAAAAAUUUGUAGUUGUUGUUGUGCACAAAACUCUCGCUCUCAUACACGCCACACACACAAACACACACAUACAUACACCCACCACACACACACACACACAACACACAUACACAUACACACCCACAUACGAGACAGUCAUCUGCGAAAUUCUUUGUUAAAAUUACUGAUAAUAAUCUAAUAUUGUAUCUAUGUUACCUUGGAAAUGAGAGAAAAAACCUACUUGUAAAAUACUAUUACCUAAAAUUAUGUAUUACUACGAUGAUUUUUUUAAAAAAAGAAAACCAAUUUAAAAUUAUAUAUAUAUAUCUAUAUACAUAUAUUUAUGUUUAUGUUGUUAAAGCAAAAAAAAAAGAAAAGAAAAAUCUAAACGCAAAGCAAAACAAUACAAAAUAAAACGUUUCGCAAGACAAAAAUUGAUUUGUAAUCAAAUUACAAUUAAAACAUACACAAUUAAAAACAAAAUUAAAAACAAAUUAUUGCUGUUACAAAUGUGGAAAAUUUCAAUUAGAAUUUAACCGUUUAGUGUAUUUUAUGAUCAAUUUACAAAACUCUGCCAUGCAAUGCUGCAGCUGACUUGAGCGUGAUCCCUUUAAUUGUUGAUCCCUCAUUUCGAUCAGGCCCACGCAAUUGGAUGUAUACUUUAAGUACCAAAGUUUUUUUGUUUUUCUCUUAAAAAUGCAAACAAAAAAUGUAAUUCACAGUCAAGUUAGCCUCGCAUUGCAUUAAAACACAAGACACACACACACAGACAUAUAAUAAUUAUUACUUUUAUUGUUUGUUAUUAUUUAUAUACAUAACAAUAUUAUAUAUGUAUAUAUAACACAUGUAGCCCUAAAAAGAAAGAAACAAAAAACAAA